CCAACCGAGCUCAUCUUUGAAUGGCUGGUUCUCACGUCAAUCUGAUCCAAGAGGCUGCGUAGGGAGGUGGAGGUGUUUGGCAGCCUUAUUGACGGCCGUCGAAGGCUGCUGAAGUGGAUAGUGGCGCACUAUGUAGGAAAGAUGAAGCAGAGCAGAGUUGAACAGAAGGUUGGGAUCCCGCCUACUUCCAUUGUUGAUAAGGGAAAUAAAAGACAGAAGACUGGCUUGGCUCAAGACAUUGAGAUGUUAAAUAGUUCUCAUGCAGAUUGGGGAAAUCUGCAUUAUGAUUUAAUUCUGCACAUCUUCCAGUACUUGCCAUUGGUGGAUCGGGCUUGUGCAUCUUCAGUGUGCAGAGCGUGGAAUGAAGUCUUUCACAUGCCUGAACUAUGGAGAAGGUUUGAAUUUGAACUGAAUCAGCCAGCAACAUCCUAUUUGAAUUCAACUCACCCAGAUCUGAUCCAGCAAAUAAUCAAAAAGCACGCUGAUCAUUUGCAAUAUGUCAGUUUUAAGGUUGACAGUAGCACUGAGUCUGCAGAGGCAGCCUGUGAUAUUCUUUCACAGCUGGUCAACUGUUCCAUAAAGACCCUGGGACUGAUUUCCACAGCAAGACCUAGUUUUAUGAAUUUGUCAAAGUCACGCUUCGUAUCAGCUCUGACUGUGGUGUUUGUGAACUCCAAGUCACUUUCAUCAAUCAAGAUUGAUGACACACCAGUAGAUGAUCCAUCUCUGAAAGUUUUGGUGGCUAAUAACAGUGACACUUUGAAACUGUUGAAAAUGAGCAGCUGCCCUCAUGUUUCACCUGCAGGCAUUCUUUGUGUGGCAGACCAAUGCUAUGGACUCAGAGAGCUGGCACUGAAUUAUUACCUUUUGAGCGAUGAAUUGCUAUUAGCUCUUUCCAGUGAAAAACAUGUUCACCUGGAACACCUUCGCAUUGAUGUGAUGAGUGAGAACCCUGGACAGACCCAAUUCCACACCAUAAAAAAAAGCAGCUGGGAUGCUCUUGUUAAACACUCUCCAAAAGUCAACAUUGUCAUGUACUUCUUUCUGUACGAAGAAGAGUUUGACCCAUUUUUCCACGAUGAGACUCCAGUCACACACAUCUAUUUUGGCCGUGCAGUCAGUAAGGAAAUGUUGGGUCGUAUUGGAAUGAACUGUCCAAGACUUGUUGAGCUGGUGGUCUGUGCAAAUGGUCACCGGCCUCUGGAUGAUGAGCUCAUUUGCAUUGCAAAGCGCUGCAACAACCUAACUGCCAUGGGCCUGGGUGAAUGUGAGGUUUCAUGCAGUGCAUUUGUAGAAUUUGUGAAGCUUUGUGGAGGACGAUUAACUCAACUAUCCAUCAUGGAGGAAGUGUUGAUACCAGAUGAGAAAUAUAAUGUGGAACAAAUCCACUGGGAGGUUUCCAAAUAUCUGGGAAGGGUAUGGUUCCCAGAUAUGAUGCCUACAUGGUAAAACUGAUGUAUGUUAUCUGAGAUAGAGAAUAGGGAAAUAGUUUGCUCUGCUUCAACAAAUAAAAGUUACUUACAAAACAACUACUAAAGAAGUAACAUGCUAAGAUUUAUGAAAACCAAGGUAUACUGGGGUGUACUUUUUUGUGUGGAUUCAGAUGAUUGCCAUAAUUAUGACUUUCUGAUUACUUGCAGAUUAUAUAAUUUUAAAGCAUAAUUAUAUUUCAGAUUCUGAACCGAUUGAAGUGAAAAUUGAUAUUUAAGAUACAGGUUGAAUGCCUCUUAUCCGAAAUUCUGAAAUCCAAAUAUUUGAGUGCUAACAUGAUGUCACAAAUGGAAAAUUUCAUAAGGCACUGUGACGGUUCCCAGGCAAUGCAUAGGUCUCUGCAUAUCACAGACAGUUCUGAAACAUGAGAAAAUCUGCAGAUGCUGGAAAUUGAAAGAAACCUGGAGUUCAGAUGUGUAAUGAGCAUAAGUUAAUAAAUAAAUAGAAAAACAUUGCAUAAAGUGAAAAAUGAGUAUCUCUAUGGAGUUCUCUUUAAAAAAAAAUGGAUUUGUCAGUGUUGGAGUGAGCAUGUGCUGCUUAAUGGUGUGAUGAUCAUGAUUGGUCCUUUGCUUGUAAAGAUCUGGAAGGAAAAUGGCCAUCACUGUUGGACUUCCUGCCUGGGCUGUGUAGGUUUAUAGUGAGGAUUGGUGCAUGCGAACCAAUUCCACUCUUUAGGCCGGGGCAUGUUCCACAGUGGCACAACAAGCUGUGGCGACCACAAGGCUGUAGGAGAAGUAUCAAAGUUUUCCUUCUCCUGGACUACUUGGCAAGGCUAAUGCAUCCCAUCUACCCAGAUUUGGAAUCUGAGUUGGGCUUCUCCUAGUCUGGCUGCCAACAAAGGCUGAGCCCUGCCUGCCCUCCCAGUUAUACUGCUGGACACUCGAUCACACCAUAGCAUAGCAAGCUCCAUAAGAACAGGGAUGCCACUUGAUGGCACAGUAGUGUAGGAGAGGUCAUAUGUGAGUGAACUACUGCUUGGCAAGCCAAACAGUGGUCCUGCAACGAUCACUACACCUGGAGCGGAGAGGCUAAGGAAGACGCUUCAGCUUCCUUAGGUGAGCAAGACCUCCAGCCCAGGACUCACUCGUAACAUUAUGCUGAUCAUGAAACAAGUAAAGAUCGAUGGCGAUGAAUUAAAAAUUGAAGGUAAUUGUGAAUAUUCAGCAGGCUGGUUGCAGAAAUUUUAGAAAAGGUAUGGCAUUAAAUUUUUGAAGUUUAAAACAUUUUUUAAGAGGUAAAGAAUCUACUGAUCAUGAAGCAGUAGAAAAAACCAUUAAUUUUCAUUAGGUGGAGACUGAAAGCCUGCCGUUGCUUGUUCAGUAGCUGAUUUGGGUAUUCUCCGAAUGUGGCUGUGUUGCUUUUGUUACCCUGCACACAUCAUAUUUUCAUUAUAUUAAUGUUAUGUGAUUGUUACUGUUAAGUACCUGUGUGAUAAGCAAAUGUAAGACUUCUUCAGUCAGACUUCUUCACAUAAUUCAGUCAGAAAUAUGGCUAUCUUGUAUAUUCCAACAUCUGAAGAAAGCACUUCUGGCCCCAAGUAUUUCAGCUAAGGGGUAAAACCUGUAUUCACUUGGUAAUCACAGAAUUGAGCUGAAUAAUGUGGACUGCUCAAGACAGUGGCAUCUAUAAAGAUUUUCUUUGGCUCAAGUAUAGAAAAUCUGAACUGAUUGACAAUAAGUUAAUUUAUUUGUGAUUUUGUGCAUGCUGCUUUUUUUUCUGAAUGAGAAAUAACCCAGUGCAAAAAUCUGUCUGCUUCACAGUUUAAUUUUGAUUUGAUUCCAUGGCACCUUACUCACAUUGUAAACCUAAGCAGUAGCAUAUUUAAUAAAAUGUAGCUAUUGUUUUGGCUAAAAGAAAACAAACCACAUGAACUGAUACACUUUAAAACUUGUUUUGGAGAAAUGCACUGGAUAUCGUAUGCAGUUUAAUUUAUCCUCUGAUUACUUUUUGCUGUAAAUAUCACUUGAUACUUAAUCCGAAUUUUAAAAUCUUUCUGUGUAUCAGCUUAAUUUACAUUUUGAGGCAAAACAGAUUUUGUUUAGUUUUCAAUGUAUUUAUUGAAAGUUAACUCAGUAGUUCUAAGCUACCUUAUUUAUCUCUGCAAAGAUUAUGUGGCUAAUAUUUGAUCUGCUCGCAAAUGUAUAAGCUUGAUAAAUAUCUGGAAUAUUUAACUAUUCUGAGAUUUAAACUUGCCAUUAGAUAGUGGAAAAUAACUAAUGGUGUAAAUAGAUAUCAGGAAUUAAUAUGGAUGUCAUUCAAAGUUGUAAUGCCUCCAUAUGCAUUAUAUUGGAUUCUGAUAUAACAACUACAGUGUAGUUGAUUAUUUAAUAUUGUAUAAUUUGAGAUGUUUCCUGUAAACACCUGUGCAAGCAAAUGAAUCUUGAAGUAGGAUAUGGUAGCAUGUAUACUUUGAUAAUAAAUUUACUUUGAAUUUUAUUGAUGUGAAAAUAGCAAUGCUAGAUUUUUGAACAUGUCAUUAUACAGAAGCAGGACAUUUGGAAUUAAUUUGGAAUGUAUUACUUCAUCUGACUUCAUCUUCUCAACAUUUCCAGUGCUAACACCCUAUUUGAUAGGUCAGCUCUGUAAAUACUAUUGUAAAACUUGACAUUAGUUUUUCAUUGCCAUGGAAGCACCCAACAUAAAUUUCACUCAAAAUAAAUUUAGCAGAUUAGUAACCUUGGUUGAUUAGAAAGCUCUCGGAUCAUGGAAGGUUAAUUGGAAUGUAUUAGUAUUACAAGAUGAUGCCUCAUAUUGAUCCAGUUCAAAUGGAGUGUCUAAAGAUAAAUAAGACAACAAUAAUCUAAGCACAAUAGUUUGAUAUCCACAUUGCAUUUGACAUGCCUGAGCCUGAAAAGUUGAAAUCCAGUUGAAGAGGCAAAAACAUUAAAAUGUGGCAAAAUUCCAUGUGAAGGCAAAAAAUCAAAGAUACUGAACAUGAGGGUCGAUAAAAAUUUAUGGUUUGGAAGUAGUUGUAAUACUGUGCUUCAUUACACCGUUAACUAAGGUAAUCUACAAACAAGUAGCUAAAGCUAAAAAUGCUUUUGGAAGUACAGUAAAUUCAUGUACAUAAAAUUCUUUAAUAAAAUUACUGAGAAUAUCCUGCAGUUACUAAAAAUAUGGAAAGAGCAACCCUGCUUGUGUGUUUAUAUGGAUCAAGUUAGUAAUGUAGCAAUAACACUGUUAGCAGUUUUAAAAUAAAAUCCUUUGAGUUCUGUCCAACAAGCUUAAAUUGAAUAUACCUCUUUCAGAAUAUGACUGAACUUUGCAUUUAAUUAUCUUAUGAUUACUAUUCUAUGGGAAAUCUUGGCUUGGAAUAGCAAAUGAAUUAAAAACAAUUUUAUUUGGGGUGAAAUGUCAACCAACAUGUACAUCUUAAAAACACUGUUACCAAAUUUAGAUGACUAUCUUAUUUUUAAGGUUAAUUAAAUUUGCUGUAGAUGUAUGAACUUGCUGAUAAACAAUACAUCUUCAGGAAAAUAUUUACACUGUUCAUUAAGUUAUGUAUAUUUUAUGUAUUUUCUUUACUGUGAUUAUAAAAUUCAGAAAUCAAAGGUUUUUGUGUAAUUGACUGGAGCAGAUAAUUAAUAGAUGCUUUAGAAGUGGAAUACUUUGGUUAUUAAAGCAAACUGUGUUCCAUAUUCUGGUUUGUUUUUUU